AUGAAAGACACCUACACCCUCCCCUCAGCAGCGGACAUGCACGUCCACCUCCGCAACGCCCCAGGCCCCAUCGCCUCCCUCGUCACGCCCACCAUCCGCCCAGCCGGCAUCGACACCGUCUUCGUCAUGCCCAACCUCGCCCCUGUCCCCGUCACCUCUGUCGACGCUGCUCUCGAGUACAAGUCCGCCUUGGAAGCCAUCGACCCAAGCGUCAAUUACCUCAUGUCUUUGUACCUUCACUCCUCCAUCACCCCCGAGGAGAUUGCCAACGCCAAGAAGGCUGGCAUUUCCGGUGUGAAGGCUUAUCCCAAGGGAGCGACUACCAACAGCCAAUGGGGUGUCGUGAGCUUUGAGCCUUUUGACGAGGUGCUCAAGGCUAUGGAGAAGGAAGGGAUUGUGCUGAACUUGCACGGGGAGGUGCCGAGUGAUAGCAAGGAGGGGGUUACGGUGAUGAAUGCGGAGAGCAGGUUCUUGCCUACGCUGAGGAGCUUGGUGGGCAAGUACCCCAAGUUGAAGAUUGUGUUGGAGCAUUGCACUACUGGGGAGGCGGUGGAGGCUGUGAGGGAGUUUGGGGAGGAUGUUGUGGGGACUAUUACUGCUCAUCACUUGAGCUUGCUGGUGGAUGACUGGUCCGCCAAUGUGCACCACUACUGCAAGCCCUCUGCCAAGUCCCCCGAGGACCGUCGGGCUCUUCUUCAGGCUGUUGUGUCCUCCAAGGGGAAGUUCUUCCUUGGUACUGACAGUGCUCCCCACGAUAUCUCCUCCAAGAAGGGCAAGGGCAACACCGCCGCCGGUGUCUUCACCCAGCCUUACGCCCUCGGCUACGUCCUCAAGGCUCUUGAGGAGGGCAUCGCCCGCGGUGACAUUUCCGACUCGGACGUCACUGACGAAGCUUUGGCCGGUUUCUUCUCCUCCUAUGGCCGCAAGUUCUACGGCUUGCCUCCUUCUGACAAGAAGAUCUUGCUGAAGAAGGAUGGUGCCACUGUUGAGGAGAGCUUGAAGAGCGAGCAGGCUGAGAUUGUGCCAUAUCGUGCUGGCGAGAAGAUUUGGAGUGUGGAGUGGCUUUGA